AUGGAUUCCAACCAGAAUGCAAAGUUCCCUCUUCAUGAGGCUGCCCGAGAGGGAAGGACGGAAAUUGCCGAAUCACUGCUGAAUGCAACCCCGAAAUCCGCAUCUGUCAAGGAUGAUGAUGAGCGUCUGCCCAUUCACUGGGCUGUAGCUUAUAAUCGACUACCUAUCGUCGAACUCUUGGUAGCAGUCAAGAAUUUCGAUCCGGAUGUUGAGGAUGGCUCUGGAUGGACUCCACUGAUGAUUGCCGCCAGCCUGAAAGAUGCCGCUGGCGAUCCAAUCAUUGACUUGCUGCUUCGGAAAGGGGCUGACGUGACUGUAAAGAGCAGUUCUGGACAGAAUGCUCUUCACUUUGCCGCCUCCAAGGCUAAUAUCUCCACCGUCCGAACUCUCAUUGCCAACAAGUGCAGCGCCCGAGUUAAGGACAUCAGAGGCCAACUACCGCUGCAUCGUGCUGCGGCUACUGGCUCCGUUCCCAUCCUGAAAACUCUUCUGGAAGAGGGAAAGAGCCCUGUCAAUGCAACGGAUAAUGAUGGAUUUACUGCAUUACACCAUGCCGUCUCUGAGGGGCAUGGCGAUGCUGCGAUCCUGCUUCUGAAGUCUGGAGCGCAGGCUGAUAAGAGGGAUAUCGAUGGGAAACUUGCUAUUGAUCUUGUCCCAGAUGAUAAGGUUAGAAAAUACAUUCUGCAAACUGCAGAGCGAGAGGGAAUUGAACUUCCAUGA